AUAGUUUCAAGAUGGCGGCGCGCUGUGUGCUGGGCUCCAUCUGGACCUCUAUAUCAGGUGUUAGAUGUAUGGCUAACAGUAGCAAUAUCAGUCCCUUCCAGAGGAUAACCAUUAGCCCCCAACUGUUGUUUUUUGGAAGUGUUCAAAACAGAGGAAUUCGGCAUGUCGUGGAGAAGAAAGAAGGCAAAACAACAGUUAUUGAGGGGUUAACAGAGGAUGUUCCAGUCGGACCACAGCCACCCAACCCCACAGCCCAGUGCCCCAUCUACAGAUGGAACCUGCAGAACAAAUACAACUACACAGACGUCCUUUUGCUCAGUCAGUUCAUCAGAUCCGACGGGGGAAUGUUGCCACGUAGAGUCACUGGUCUCUGUGCCCAAGAGCACCGCAAGAUCACCAUUUGUGUUCAGAUGGCGCACAGAGCAGGUCUUCUCCCCAAACACAAACCACCUUUACCGGAAGGACACAUCCCAAAGAAGCCCAAGCCACAGCUCAACAGAUACUUGACUCGCUGGUCAAUUGACUCCGUGAAGCCUAUCUAUAGGACUGGAUUGAAGUGGUGUAAAAAACGCAUCUCUGUUGGCCACCCUGCUCUCAAAGACAACGUACAAUACGGCAAGAAAAUUCUGUACCUGAAACACUGAAGACAUGGGGGCAUGUGGACUCGCAGCAGCAGAUGUAAGUGCUGGUGGGCUAGAGAUGGGGUGUCACAAUGCUGUUAAACAGUCAUGGAACUCCUGCCUCAUUUGGGACUUGUCCAACACCAGCAGCACAUGUAUUUGUCUGGCCUGUUUAUUGUCCGCAAGUAGCUUAUACCCAUUGAAACAAGUCAUUCAGAGCAGUACCCACUUUGUCAUUAGGCUUUUGAAGAUGGCCUGAAAAUGACUUCUUAUUCUUACAGUAAGUGUGGAGUUUAUUUGGGAAUGAGGACGUGGUGAACUUGAAAACAGCCGGAUGUGAAAAUACAUUGUAUGUAUCUACUUAAUGUCCCUCUACCAUCUGUUGUCUGUUUGCAUGGGUGUGGAAGUAAGCAUUUACUGGGCCUAUUAGCAACAGUAACUAAGAGCUUAGAAGAAAAUAAACUAUGAAUGAUUGUUUGUUUACUUUUUUUUUUUUUUACCUCAAAUAAGGGGAAAUAAAUCUCAUGCACAAAC